AUGUCAACAUUUCGAAAUGAAACAUAUAUUGAAAUAUUUCCUGCAUACAAAGAACCUGAAACAACUGCCUUUAUUAUAGCUUUUGCUUAUAUGAUAUGUUUAUUAAUUGGUAUUUGUGGUAAUACAUCCAUGUUAACAAUGAUAUGGUCAGCAAAAAAUUUUUCUAAUGAUCAGUAUAAUACAAAAUUAUUAGGAAAUAGAAGAAAACCUGGCAUUAAGUCAAGAGGUAGUGGUAAUAGCAUACAAUUAUAUGUCAUUGCUCUUUGUAUUGUAGAUACAAUAACUUUACUUAGUUUACCUUUAGCUAUGUCUGACCUUCUUGUUGGUUUUUGGAUGUUUGGUAAAUAUUCGUGCAAAAUAUAUCGUGUCUCAAAUUCUGUAGGAAAGAUGGCUUCAACAUUUUUAAUAACAGCAUUAAGUAUAGACCGUUAUAUAGCAAUUGGUAAACCACAAGGAUUUAAUAAAAGAACUAAUAGUCAAAAUAUAUGUAUUGUUUUAUCAAUUAUGGUUGCAGCAGCAGUUACAUUAUCACCUGUUAUUAUUUAUGCAACAUCUGAAAAAAAGAUACGUUCUCAAAAAUAUACACCGGAACAAAAUAUUACAUUAGCUGUCAUAAUAUAUCAAUGUGUUGAUGGAAUGCCUUCGGAAUUAUUUUUAUGGUUUACAGGUUUAAUAUUUAUUAUUGGAUAUGUUAUUCCUAUGAUAUUACUUAUAGUAGUAAAUGCCAAAUUAGUUAUGAAAAUUAGAGCUCAUCAAAGGGAAACAUCAGUGAAAUCUGUUAUACCAAUUAAAAAAAUAACAACAUACAUAAUUUCAUUAGCAGUUUUAUAUUUUGGUUGUUGGACUCCAUAUUGGAUAUCUGUUUUAUAUGUAACAUACAUUGAUUUAUUUAAAAGUAAAGAUGGAAAUAUUAUUGGAAAUGAUGAUGAUAUGAAUCCUUAUAUGUUAAUUUAUUUUACUCAUAUAUUACCAUACAUUAAUACAUCAGUAAAUUGGUUUUUAUAUGGUAGAUUAGCUAACUCAAAAGGAAAUUCUUUACCUUACCAAUCAAAUGGCUUCGCAAAUUAUAAUAAUGAAAAAAGUGAAAUUUGUGGUAAUAUAAUUCAUCAUGAAUCACACAUAAAACAAAAAAAUGGACAAAAAAUGGUUAUAACAAAAAUGAUUUAA